AUGGCAGAAGGCACAUUCCUCAAGCAAUUGAAUGUUUUUCCAAGUAUGGAUCUUCUGGGUGUGAACAUGUCAGCAGAGUCCAGCUCAGAGGAGCAGGCCCCGCAGGAGUACCGGGUGGCAGGCCUCAUCUUCUUUUCCCUCAUCUUCAUCAUCGGAGUGGCGGUAAAUCUCACUGCUCUGUCGGUAUUUGCGCUGACCACCAAGAAGAGGAACUCUGUCACUGUCUACAUGAUAAACGUGGCACUCGUGGACUUGCUUUUCAUAACAGUGCUGCCGUUCAAAGUAACUUACCUGCACCUGGACUACUGGCCCUUUGGAGACGUCUUCUGCAGGAUCAGCGCGGCCCUGACCAUAUUCUACCCGUGUAUGGCGCUGUGGUUAUUUGCACUCAUUAGCGCGGAUCGCUACAUGGCUAUAGUCCAGCCAAGACACGUGAAAGAACUGAGAAAUGUCCCCAAAGCAGUGCUGGCCAGUGUUGGUGUGUGGCUUAUGACUUUGGGCAGCACCAUAUCUCUAGUUUUCUCUUUGGAUGACCCUGACGCCAGCUCCAACUUCACCACGUGCGUAAAGGUGAUAGACAUUAUUUACAUGCGCAGCGAUAACCCCGUGAACUUUGCGCGCCUGGUUUUUUUCUUCCUGUUGCCAAUUUGCGUCAUGGUGGGAUGCUAUAUGGUUAUAGUGGACAACCUGAUCCACGGGCGCACCUCGAAACUGAAACCAAAAGUCAAGCAGAAGUCUUGGCCGAUGGAGGGCAGCAUGGCACAGUCUGUUCACGAGAGCGCGCCAGAGACGAUCAGGAAUCAUCCGGACGCGAAGUUCUUCACUACAAUUAUAUGA